AUGGCUGAAGUCGCUGCCUCCAUCAAUGAUGGGAGAACCCAUCUUCUACUCGCUGCAACUGGCUCGGUAGCCACAAUCAAACUUCCCCUCAUUAUCUCCUCGUUCGAAAGGCAUCCCAACCUCUCCAUUCGCGUCAUUCUCACUAAAUCCGCAGCUCACUUUCUCGCCGGACAGUCCCCCGAACAGCCUACCGUCGAGUCUUUAUCCUCCCUCCCUAAUGUCGAUGGCGUUUACCGAGAUGAAGAUGAGUGGGCGGUGCCGUGGACGAGAGAGGCCAGUAUCUUGCAUAUAGAGCUGCGGCGCUGGGCUCACUUGCUUGCGAUUGUGCCGCUGUCUGCAAAUGUGCUAGCAAAGAUGACAGGGGGUCUGUGCGAUGAUCUUUUGACCACGGUGAUCCGGGCUUGGGAUACUGGUACCCCGGAGUCAAAGGGGCCGCCGAUCCUUGUGGCGCCUGCGAUGAAUAGCAUGAUGUGGACACAUCCGUUGACUUCCAAGCAACUAUCGAUUCUUGAGAAUGAGUGGUGGUGGGUGGAGAUUCUGCCGGCGCAGUCGAAGACGCUGGCGUGUGGCGAUACUGGACAGGGUGGUAUGUGCGAGUGGAAGAAAGUCGCUAGUGUGAUUGAGGAACGGCUUGAGUUUUCUAGAGUAUAUCAUCGGAGGAAUCUCAUUAGCACGGACGCUGUUUGA